GGGGCCCCAGUCGCUCAACCAGAGCGCUGAGCACCCGGCGGGUCCGCCUGUCCGGCCACCUGGCUGACUUUCCGCCCCGCGGCGCCCGGUCCUUCCCCAUGCUGGCACCUCGGACCCCCGAGAGCACGGUCCCCAUGUCCCAAACCGAGGCUGACCUGGCCCUCCGGCCACCGCCGCCUCUCCCCACUUCGGGGCCCACCCGCCUGUGGCCACCUCCUCGCCGAGUGCGCCGCUUCUCCGGGAAGGCUGAACCCCGGCCGCGCUGCUCGAGACCCAGCCGCCGCAGCUCGGUCGACCUGGGACUGCUGAGCUCCUGGUCUCAACGCGCCUCACUCGUUCCGGAGCCUCCUGAUCCUCCGGACUCCGCUGGCCAGGGCCCCACGAGGAGCCCACCACCUCCCUCCAAAGAGCCCCCGGAGGGCUCGUGGGCCGGGGCAGCCCCUCCGAAGGCUGCAGACCCGGCGUUCCCUGAGCUCACGGGAUCUUCAGGAGGCCCGGGGUUCCCGGAGCUACCGAAGCUUCCUGAUGCCGCUGCUCGGGAGAGGCGGCGGGAGCAGGAAGAAAAGGAGGACACGGAGACCCAGGCUGUGGCCACGUCCCCGGACGGCCGAUACCUCAAGUUUGACAUCGAGAUUGGAAGAGGCUCCUUCAAGACGGUGUAUCGAGGGCUAGACACGGACACCACGGUAGAAGUGGCCUGGUGUGAACUGCAGACUCGGAAACUGUCUCGAGCUGAGCGGCAGCGCUUCUCUGAGGAGGUGGAAAUGCUCAAGGGGCUGCAGCACCCCAACAUCGUUCGCUUCUACGAUUCAUGGAAGUCAGUGCUGAGGGGCCAGGUUUGCAUCGUGCUGGUCACGGAACUCAUGACCUCUGGCACGCUCAAGACGUACCUGAGGCGGUUCCGAGAGAUGAAGCCCCGAGUCCUUCAGCGCUGGAGUCGCCAAAUCCUGCGGGGACUUCAUUUCCUACACUCCAGGGUUCCCCCGAUCCUGCACCGAGAUCUCAAGUGCGACAAUGUCUUCAUCACCGGUCCUUCAGGCUCUGUCAAAAUCGGAGAUCUGGGACUGGCCACGCUCAAACGCGCCUCCUUUGCCAAGAGCGUUAUUGGAACUCCGGAAUUCAUGGCCCCGGAGAUGUAUGAGGAAAAGUACGAUGAGGCGGUGGAUGUGUACGCCUUUGGCAUGUGUAUGCUGGAGAUGGCAACGUCGGAGUACCCGUAUUCCGAGUGCCAGAAUGCUGCGCAAAUAUACCGCAAGGUCACUUCGGGUACAAAACCCAACAGCUUCUACAAAGUGAAGAUGCCCGAGGUGAAGGAGAUCAUUGAAGGCUGCAUCCGCACGGAUAAGAACGAGAGGUUCACCAUCCAGGAUCUACUGGCUCACGCCUUCUUCCGUGAGGAACGAGGUGUGCACGUGGAGCUGGCGGAGGAGGACGACGGUGAGAAGCCAGGCCUCAAGCUCUGGCUGCGCAUGGAGGAUGCGCGGCGCGGGGGGCGACCACGGGAUAACCAAGCCAUCGAGUUCUUGUUCCAGCUCGGCCGGGAUGCUGCGGAGGAGGUGGCGCAGGAGAUGGUAGCUUUGGGCUUAGUCUGUGAAGCUGACUACCAGCCAGUGGCUCGUGCAGUUCGUGAACGGGUCGCUGCCAUCCAGCGAAAGAGGGAGAAACUUCGAAAAGCUAGGGAGUUGGAGGUUCUCACACCAGAGUCAGGAGCUCCACCAGCAGCUGUAUCCAUGGCUCCCGGUGCCCCUGGUACCUUCCCUCCAGAGCCUGAGGAGCCAGAGGCUGACCAGCACCAGUCCUUCCUCUUCCGUCAUGCCAGCUACUCAUCUACCACCUCUGAUUGCGAGACUGAUGGCUACCUCAGCUCCUCCGGCUUCCUGGAUGCCUCAGACCCUGCCCUUCAUCCCCCUGGGAGGGUGCCAUCCAGCCCAGCUGAGUCCCAUCUCUGCCUGCCCUCGGCUUUUGCCUUAUCCAUUCCACGUUCUGGCCCUGGCAAUGACUUUUCUCCUGGGGACAGCUAUGCCUCAGAUGCAACAUCAGGCCUCAGUGACAUGGGAGAAGGGGGACAAAUGAGGAAAACCCCAGUGAAGAAUCUUCGACGUAGACCCCGAUCCCGGCUUCGGGUCACUAGUGUCUCAGACCAGAAUGACAGAGUGGUUGAGUGCCAGUUACAGACCCACAACAGCAAGAUGGUGACCUUCCGAUUUGAUCUGGAUGGGGACAGCCCAGAAGAGAUUGCAGCUGCCAUGGUGUAUAAUGAGUUCAUUCUGCCCUCGGAGCGAGAUGGAUUCUUGAGCCGGAUUCGGGAGAUUAUCCAGCGAGUAGAGACCCUGCUAAAGAGAGAUACUGGCCCCCCGGAGGCUGCUGAAGACACCCUGGGCCCCCAGGAGAGAGCACCACUGCCAGCCCUCCCAGAUCCACCUGGUGCAGAGCCCCAGAGCAGCAUCUCCUUGGAACAGAGGAGCUGGGCAGUCUUCUCUACCUCCCCAUCUUCUCCUGGAACCCCCCUUUCCCCUGGAACUCCUGUUUUCCCAUGCUCCAUCUUUCCUAUCACUUCACCCCCAUGUCAUCCUUGCCCAUUCUCCCAGGUCUCCUCAAACCUUUCUCCACAGGGCCCCAGCUCCCCACUUCCACCUUCCUCCAGUGCACAUCAGUUUCUAUUCCCACCCUCUCCACUUCCCCUUAGUCCUCUCCCCACCAGCAUUCCUCACCCAUUCUCUAAUUGUUCCCAAGUAACCCUUAAUCCCUCUUCUUUUCCUGUCUGCCCCUCUCCUCCUUCUCUCCCCUCCACCACAGCAGCUCCUCUCCUCUCACUGGCUAGUGCCUUCUCUCUUGCUGUGAUGACUGUGGCCCAGUCCCUGCUGUCCCCAUCCCCUGGGCUUCUUUCCCAGUCUUCUCUAGCCCCCCCUGGUCCUCUGCCUAGCCUGGCCCUUCCCCUUCCCCUUGCUUCUUGUGGCCAGGAGAGCCUUUCGCCCCAAACAGCUGAGACAGAGAGUGAGGCCUGCCGAAAUCCUGCUCAGCCACUCCUGGGUGAAGCCAGACUGGCACCCAUCUCUGAAGAGGGAAAGCCCCAGCUUGUUGGGCGUUUCCAAGUGACUUCAUCCAAGGAACCAGCUGAGCCUCCCCAGCAACCCGUAUCUCCAACUCCCUCCAGUUCCCUAAGACUUCCAACCCCUCAGCUGACCUCAGAGAGCUCAGACACAGAGGAUAGUGUUGGAAAUGGACCAGAGACCAGGGAGGCUCUGGCAGAGAGCGACCGUGUGGCUGAGGGCCUGGGGGCUACAAUUGAGGAAGGGGACGAUGGGAAGGAACCCCGAGUUGGGGGCAGCUCCCCACUCUUGAGCCAUCCCAGCCCAGUGUGGAUGAACUACUCCUACAGCAACCUGUGUCUCAGCAGCGAGGAGUCAGAGAGCAGUGGGGAGGAUGAGGAGUUCUGGGCUGAGUUGCAGAACCUUCGGCAGAAGCACUUGUCAGAGGUGGAGGCACUACAGACACUACAGAAAAAGGAAAUUGAGGACUUGUACAGCCGGCUUGGGAAGCAACCCCCUCCUGGUAUUGUAGCACCAGCUGCUAUGCUGUCCAGCCGCCAGCGCCGCCUCUCCAAGGGCAGCUACCCCACCUCCAGGCGCAACAGCUUGCAGCGCUCUGAUCUCUCUGGCCCUGGCAUCAUGCGAAGGAAUUCCCUGAGUGGCAGCAGCACCGGCUCCCAGGAGCAGCGGGCAAGCAAAGGGGUGACAUUCGCCGGGGAUGUUGGCAGGCUGGUGAGGGCGGGCCCGAGGGAGGGAAAGCCCAGGGAAUGGUAACUGGCAGCAGCUUUAGCAUCCUCCUCCUUUGGAUGUUUCUUCAGGAUUUUUUUUUUUCUUCCCCUCCAGUGAACUCAGAACAGAAGUCCUAUGUCUCCCCAACACCAGGCCCCACCAUAUAGCACUUGGGCUCUCAGAAUCUGACGCUUUUAUGGCCAACUCAACUCCACAAUGAACACCUCAGCACUGAGGGGGUAGAAGGCCUGGGGGCAUAAAAAGUACGGUUCUAUUAUUCUGACAAGUCAAACCCGUGGGCACUGUUUGCUGUGUGGAAAUGUCAGUUCUGUAGCCUACCACCUUCAUCUGUCCCUCCCCAGCCAAGGGCCAACCACUAAGCAGUCCCACCCAAGUCCAGAUGCUUCUAGAAGGCCAACUCCCAGCUGGGAGAGGGUAGGAAGUAUGCUUACACCACCAAAAUUAGCAUCAGCUAAUAAAAAUAAAAUAAGGAUUGUGGGUCUGUGUCUGUCAUGCCUUAGAAAUGGGGCAAAGACUUGUGGAGUGAGGCGGGGAGGAUUUAGAAGGCAUUCUCCUUGUACAAUGGGAGGCAGGAUGGAAGCUGCCAGCCCAGCCUCUGGCUUCCUGCCAUCAGGUCAUGAGGAAACUGCAUGGCCAAUGAUCCACUUGGCCAAACUCUGAUCCCCUCCAGACCCCACCCUAGGCCUGUAUAGGCAGGUAUCACUGAAAGUUAAAAGAAUGAGGGUUAUUUGUCUCUUAUCCUUCAUCUACUUAUGUAGGGAUGGGGAAAGGCAAUGACACUAGAGUAUGUUAUGGCAGAGGACAGAACAGUGACCUUCCUUCCCCUAAGACCUGGUUCAGUCUCAAACAGCCCAGUAAUCUCUCCCUUAAAUCAGGUGGAAAGAUCUCACGGAAAAAGUAAUUCUAGUUAAACAUUUACAGCUCCCUGGGGCAAUGCCACCACAGCAGCUACCUCCAUGGAGCUUUCCAGCAUGAAGUGCCAUGUGUCUCUCGGCCCCCACACACUAGCUUGGCUUCAGAAGAGAUGACUUAUUUUAUUACUCUUAACUUGACCCUAACUUUAGAUUUCAACUCUACAGAGCUGCCAUACCCUCCCCCCUAACAAGUGGGCCCCUGGGAGGUGAAGGGAGAAAAACAAAGUUUCGGGAAAGCCAAGGUUGCACA